AUGGCGGACUCCGGCGAACUCGUUUGGAACGUGGAUAUGGAAGUUGGUUUAUUUCAUGCUAUGCGGGGUCACAAGCCAGUUGGAGUAAAUCGUCAUUUUCAAAUGAUAUACAUUCACAACAAGAUUAACGAUUCUUUGGGUUUAUCGAGAAAAAUCACAUCCAAUGAAAUUUGGAAACAGUUAUCAACAUUAUAUCAACUUCAAGCGUUGAAUGAGUCAGAAAUUCUCCCGUUUCCAAAUAAAGAAAUAGAUUUUAUUCUGCCUGAUGAUGAAUAUCGAGAGUUAAAACACAAAAGAGAUUUUCCACGAACGAUCAAAGUUGAGCCAACAGACAACGUGAAGGGAUCUCCUGCAGUGCAUUCUGGGAAAAAGGAAAUGAAGGGUGGGAAUACACCACAAAGUAAAGCAGACUCUAAAUCUCACUCAACCCCACAAACUAAAGACAAACACAAGGACCAUUUAAAUUCUAGUCUUGUAGACCCCUCUCCUAAACGGAAACGAACCAGACAAACAAAUUCUGCCGCUGCCAGUCCUGCUACUCCUAAUGACACUCCACCAAUCAAACGUAGAAAAUGAAUUUAAACGAAAAAACGUACAUUUAUUGUGGGAAUUGUGGUUAAAAAAUAUGCCAAAUAAGUCAUUGAAAUCUAUCUGAGAGCAAUAUUUUGGACUGUUCAUACCCUCAAGUUAUUUAAGCCACCUGGUAACCAUGUAACCAAAAUGAAGAACCAUGACAUCUUAUGAGAGGUUUACAGUAAAUAGGCGACUCAAGGAGACCUGGAUCAACAACAAGAAACUUCUGCCAUCUGUGUAUAUUAUUAGAGCCUACACUUAUCAUUUCUUCAAGAUCUGAGUGUAAAUAUCAAGGGAAUCAGAAAUACAUGAGCAUCUAAAGGAUAAAGCUGUAUUUGUAUCAGAUUGAUAAUAAC